UUUCAGCGGAUCUGGGUUUUUUGUGAGGCAGAAAAAAAACACGUAGCCAUCCCGAUACGCGUGUAAACGGAGUAAUAUUUACUUUUUGGAUGACAGCUAAAUGAAUAAUGAACAGAUCUGCUGUUGAAGACUGAUCGGCAGUAGAGAGUACAACUUUUGAUGGAGUUUAUGUUGUUGAUGCAGUCCAAACACAACACAGAGGCACUGAGGGGGAUCGGAAUUUACCGGUGACAAGUCUGGGAGGAGAAAAAAAGAAAAAGGAUCUACACGUUACAUGGAGUUUUAAAAAGCCUACUUAAUUUGAAUCACAUUUGCAACCAUAGUUCUGAAGCCUUGAGUCGAUGAAAAGUGCUUUAACAAAGGGACAACUACAACUUUUCCCCUUCUAGCUUCAACUUUGAGGAAACAACUCCAAACAUGGCGAAAAAGUAUGAUUUGCUUUACAAAUUGUUACUCAUCGGGGACAGCGGAGUGGGGAAAACAUGUCUGAUCAUCCGUUUUGCUGAGGACAAUUUCAACUCCACUUACAUUUCCACCAUCGGUAUUGACUUUAAAGUCAAAACCAUUGAAGUGGAAGGAAAAAAAGUGAAACUACAAGUCUGGGACACAGCAGGGCAGGAGAGGUUCAAGACCAUUACCACAGCCUACUACAGAGGAGCCAUGGGCAUCGUUCUGGUGUACGACAUCACAGACGAGAAGUCCUUCGAAAACAUCCAGAACUGGAUGAAAAGCAUCACAGAAAAUGCAUCAGCCGGGGUCAAUCGAAUGUUACUAGGCAAUAAGUGCGACAUUGAAGCAAAGCGGAAAGUUUCCAGGGAGACGGGAGAAAAGUUGGCAAAAGAUCAUGGCAUCAGGUUCUUCGAGACAAGUGCAAAGUCCAGCAUCAAUGUGGAUGAGUCUUUUCUCGCAUUGGCACUCGACAUACUACAGAAAUCCAGCAAGAAACAAAGCCCCACAGGUCGAGAGGUGAAAAUCACGAGCAAUACAGAGAAAAAAGCCUCCAAAUGUGUUAUUCUCUAGAUAUAACGCUGCCCAGCACAUGUAAGAUUACGCCAUACAAAUGUAAGAGCACAUCAGUAUUACUGGGGAGAAAUUCAGCAGGUUUAAGUCUCCAUCUAGUGGGCUCACAUAGGAAACACAAUCAGCUGCUAAAUGUUAAAACACCCAAAACCAAGAAAUUGUGGAUUUCUUUCCUGAGUGGCAAUUUUAAAAACGUGGUUUUGUUUGUAUUUCCCAUUGAACAUAUCUUCUUCCACUGAUACUGCGGUAGUGUUAUUGUAUCAUGUAUUGUAUUAUAGUAUCAUCAAAAUGUUGCAAAGAGGGGGUCUUAGAUGACUUUAAAGAGAGAUCUGACACAGCAUUUCACCAAGCAAUUUUCACUAUGUUUAACUGAGCUAUACAUUUUUAUUUCCACCUUGUAUUUCUCUGGCUUCUCAUGACAUUAUUAUCACUACAACAGCACCGCUUACUGUCUUUUAAGAACUUUAGCUGUGUAAAACGGGCUAGAUCUGUAAAAGAAAAAAAGGAUACUAUAUUUUAGGGGCUUAGUGGAAAAGGUUUGGAAAGUGGUUUUAUUUGCAGAAAUGUCACUGUAGGCUUCUGAUCUGAGACUCAUACAUUCUGUUGGAUUAUUUAAAUACUUAACAGAAAAACAUAUUUCUUUUGUCAGAUCCCUUUUGUAUUUCAAGGAUUUGUAUAGAAUUAUAUCAGGAACACAGACAAGUUGGCAUCCCAUUCUUGCAGUACCAUAUGGGGAAAUAGUGGACCAAAAAUAUAUUGAGUUAUAUACUGAACAUGAAUAAAUGUCACAAAGCCUUUAUAUUUGUUAUUUUGUUGAUGUUGUGCCAAACAAAUUGAUUAAAUGUUUCAAUAUUUAAUUUCAUCAUGAGAAUCUACAGUAGAUAUAACAAUCCUCCCAGGGUCUAUAAUGUGGAGCUUUUUGGGUGACAUCCUAAGAGAAGUUGAUGAAUGCAUGAGGUUUAAUCGGAAACAAAUACGGGUGGUAAACAAGCUUUGUUUUAACAAAUGAAUGGAUUGAGAAUGUGGAUGAUAGGAACAGAGAUAAGUGCAAUAUGAGAAGAUGAGUGGAGAGAUGAAACAAUGAUGGAUAAAGCAAGUGGACAGGAUGUGAGGGAAGCAACAGCGUUCACAUGCCCCUCACUUCUAAUUGAUUUAGUGGGUCUUGCCUUUUAUCUGAAGUGACUGGUUCAUCUCUAAAACUACCACACAUUAGCCACAUCUGACAAGACAGUCUCCCUGUUCAAGCUAUUUCAGAUAAUACAAAAUGACUCUGAUUAAUGCUGCUCAUCUGAUCCGGACAGACAUACUGGAUUUCCUGUAUCUGCCUUUUAUACAUUUCUUUCACAUUCAGUGUCUUUUAAGACCUGCCACACAACUUUGUAUGUGCGUUUCCAGACCUGCUACUUGAUAAAUAAAAAAUGCUUAACAUUAA